GUCGAACUUUUUCCAAUCUAAACUGCUUGUUUCGGAUCUCCUUUCUUCUCAUUAGAUUUCGCCACACACGGAAUCCAUUUUCCCUUUUGAUGUUUUUACUCCAUCGCAGGCUUCCUUUACUCGCACGCACAACCUUCCUCUGCAAUUCCAUGGAGCCUGCGUUGACUACGACGGCGGCAUCCUCUUUCGGUGGGUCUCCUCGACUCGCCGCCCUGGCUCAGCAACUGCGGAUGUACAAGCCGCCGCCUUCUUCAUCGUUCGACGACGACGCCGAGGAGAUGCAGGCGGAUCAGGAGAGCGCAGGGAAGGUGGUAUCUCAGGUUGGGUUUCAGGAAUCCAUGACUCCGGUUCCGAAAGAUCCUGAGAGGUUCAGACCGAAGCGAGCUGCUGUGUUGAUCUGUAUCUUCGAAGGAGAGGAGGGUGAUCUACGCGUCAUCCUCACUAAGAGGUCUUCCAGAUUGUCUACUCACUCGGGAGAAGUUUCACUGCCGGGUGGUAAAGCGGAGGAGGAUGAUAAAGAUGAUGGGAUGACUGCAACCAGAGAGGCUGAGGAAGAGAUUGGAUUGGACCCUUCUCUUGUUGAUAUUGUCACCUCUCUCGAACCUUUUCUGUCAAAGCAUCUCCUAAGAGUAAUACCUGUGAUAGGAAUCUUGAAGGACAAAAAAUCAUUCAAUCCGAAACCAAAUCCUGCGGAAGUGGAAGCUGUGUUUGAUGCACCUUUAGAAAUGUUCCUUAAGGAUGAGAACAGAAGAUCUGAAGAGAGAGAGUGGAUGGGAGAAAAGUAUCUGAUCCACUACUUUGACUACCGAACAGGAGACAAAGAUUAUACGAUAUGGGGUUUAACUGCCGGGAUUUUGAUCAGAGCUGCAUCCGUGACUUAUCAAAGACCACCUGCUUUCAUCGAGCAGUGCCCUAAGUUUAAGUAUCCUAAAAUGGUAGAGAAAAAUACUUGUAUGCCUUAAUGAACAUAACUUAAAUGGUGUUUCCUAGAUUGGUCUUCUUCCAUUAGAACAUCAAACAAGGUGCAAUAACAAUCCAUGCAACUGAUUAUGUACCAGUGAAUGCAGAACUAGGCUACUUAUGUAUAUGCGGGCAUCUCUUGUUCAUGUCCAGAUGACACAUCUCAUGUCAAUUUUCCAUGAAUCUUCUCUUUAUGAGGAGAUACUUGGAGGGGUUUCAUCUCGUCAAUGAUCUAGACAAAAGUUGGCUGCUUAUGGUUCACCCUCAGUUGUUGAUUUGGAGGACAACUCAAGACUCACCCUCAAAAGCUCAUUUUCUAUUGUAAAACUUGUGAAAUAAAUAAAUUUGUAACCCUAAACACAAUUUGAAAGAAAACUUGUCUUAUGAACCUUGUAAUAUUUGUAUUGAUUUGUGGCGAUUAAUUGCAUUAUUAUCUCUGGACUAGA